GUAAGUUUUUGUCUGAAUGACAUUAAUAUAUUUGAUUGAUGUAUUGUAAAUACCGCGUGAAUGCGAUUGGAGAUCUGUCCAACCGGCGUCUACAAAAACCUCAAUCCGUCCUGCUCCUCGUCUCAAACCUCUUGAAAUCCGACGUCCCCUGCAAGUCUAUAUCACGAUUAUCGCCCGAAAACUCCAAUGGCAGCAUCAAACUCAAAAUCAAAAACAGGCGCUACGGAUUCUUCCCCUGAUGAAGAUGUAAAGGCAACGAAUUUGUUUGAGAGGGCCAAAGAAGAGAUUGAGGCAAUAAUAAAUACUGAGAGAUCACACAAACAUCGUGAGGAAACCCAUGGAAGGCGUGGUGACAUUGAUGUAAACACCCCAAUGGAUUACGUCAAAGCUCCAAAUGUAUUUGAACGGGCAAAGGAGGAGAUUGAGGCUGUUAUUCAAGCAAUUCAUCCCCAUAAAGAAUCUCAAAGCAGUGCCUCACCUUUGGGCAAGAGAGGGCACUUCACUGGAAGUGGAAGAGAAACAACUACAAAGACAGAGUUAGAACCACUGAAAGCAAAUUCUCCAUUUGUGACAAAAGGUAGUUCCAAAACAGAGAAGUCACACCAUCAUCACCACAUGGAAACUCAUGGAUUGAGUGAUGACAUUGAUGAAAACAUGCCAGUUGAUGAUGUUAGAGGUCCAAAUGUCUUUGAAAGAGUAAAGGAAGAAAUAGAGGCCAUCGUUGAAACAAUUCAUCCUAAGAAAAGGUCCAGCAAAACUGUGUCCUCACCGCCAAAGGACUAAGGAUCUCCAUCCCACAUCGGAAGAAAUUAAUGGUGAUUAGGAUUUGCAGGUUUUUACUUGUGUUCAUUUGUUUGUUACCUUGUUAUGUGAGAAUUGUAACUUUGUGAUGAAAUGAAACAUGAUGUGCAAUGCUGAAGUACUCAUUUGUUCA